AUGGACACGAACGCCUCCGCCGAGAGAUCGAUGAAACUUCCUCAACAGCUUGAUUACAGUCGCAAACCUUUUCAGGAGGCGAUAAUGCAUUUGGCAUCUAUAAACCUCAGAGAUCUGUGUAACGAAGCUAAAACUGAGCGUUGCCGUGCCACUAGAGACUUGACGAGCUGUGGGAGAUCUGUUCACUAUGUGUUGAAUCCGUGUGGACAUGCCUCCUUGUGUAAAGAGUGUUAUCAGAGGUCUGAUCUUUGUCCAAUCUGUAGAAGUCAGUUAUCAAGAACUGGUGAUAAACUCCGGCUUCGUCUCUACUAUGAGUGUGUUGAAGCUGGUUUAAUCUCCCCAACACAUGAUGAUGAUGAUGAUGAUGAUGAGGAUGAGGAUGAACAUCAGUUGGCAGCUGAUGUUCGUCGCCUUUAUUCUCUCUUCGAUGUUGCCAUGAACAAUAGUUUGAUAUCUGUGGUUUGCCAUUAUAUCACUAAUGUUUGUAUGGAUGAGGCAGCUGUAUCUAGUGACCCGGUUAUUGCUUUCUUGCUGGAUGAAGUUGUUGUCAAAGAUUGGGUCAAGCGUACAUUCAGGAGCAUCUUAGCUGAGCUUCAAAAGAUCUAUAGUCUUGAAACGAAGGAGAUGCAAGUGUGGUUGGAUAAACUCCUAAAGUAUUCGAAACAAGUGGCUGGCUUAUGUAGUGUGCUUGAAGUUAUGGAAUCAGCUUUUAAGGGUUCUGUGUCAUCUCAGCUUCAAGACGUGCAGAAGCUUAGGGAGAACAUUGGUAAAACAAAGCAGCAUCUGGACAUUAUGAUCUGGAGCAUAAGACAUGGAUUUCUGGAAGAUGUGAGGUCUAGGUAUUCUAAUUUCACAUCGUGGAAGGCUCUGGUGCUUGAAAGGAAAUCAAAUGCAAUUACGCGUGCUUGGCCUGAUGCAGUAGAUCAGUCUUCAGAUUGCAAUAUACAGGGUGCUUCCCUUUUUAUCGAGGAUGCUUUGGAAAAUCUUGAGAGAGAGCCAGAGUACUGUCAAGACAUAGGGGCAGACCUAGAAAUUGGAUGUCUGCAGAACAAUGAAAGAUCAGUUCUUAGGUCCAAAAUAGAGGGAAGUUCAGGAUCUUACCCAUUUGAGAAUCUUAGGACAGCUGCUGACACACUCUUUUUACAUGGCAGCUCAGAUUUGGUUGUUGCUAAGCAAGCCAUUUUUAUUUACUACUUGUUUGAUCGGCAUUGGACUACCCCUGAAAAAUAUUGGAAGCACAUAAUAGAUGAUUUUGCUACUGCCUUUGACAUAACAAGGCAUUCAUUGCUGGAGUCUUUUGUAUUUUAUCUUCUCGAUGAUCCCUCAGAGGAGGCACUCCAGGAAGCUUGUAACAUUCUUCCUGAAAUAUGCGGUCCAGAAACAUAUCCCAAGGUUGCACAAGUCUUGCUAGAAAGGGAAAAUCCUGAAGCAGCUCUUAAGGUUUUGCGUUGGUCUGGUCGUGAUGGCGUAUCAGAACUGGUUUCAAUUGGUGAGGCUGUGACAGCUGUUCGUGUGAGAGUGGAAUGUGGUCUUUUGAGUGAAGCAUUCACAUAUCAAAGGACUCUCUGCAUGAAAGUCAAGGAAAAUGAAUUGAAUACUGGAGCUGUAAAACAUCCUUAUGAUGAUCAAGACAGCUUGAGUUGGACAGAAUGGAUGAAGAUACUUGUCAACGAAUUUUGCUAUCUAUCGAUUAGGAGAAACGUGGUUGAUCGAAUCAUUGAGUUACCGUGGAACCCAGAUGAAGAGAAAUAUCUGCACAGAUGCUUAUUAGAUUCUGCAACUGAUGACCCCUCAUCAGCUGUGGGUAGUCUUUUAGUUGUCUUCUAUCUUCAGCGCUACCGUUACAUCCAGGCGUAUCAAGUCGAUCUUAGGCUCGAGGGAAUUGAAGAGACUUUCGUGUCCGAAAAUCGAAUUGGGGAACAAGUAAUGUCCAGAAUACGAUCACAGAGUCAAUGGAGGAAAGAGUUAGUUGAUAAAGCGAUAGAUAUACUUCCAGCAAUUCAGCAGGAGCAAGUUAGAUCUGGACAACUUUCCGAGAUGGAAGAUACCUCUGAAAGUUCUUAUGAAGCAGCAACAAGCACUGAUCUUCCUGAUGCACAGCAACCCGGGAUGAUUUAUUCUACUAAUUCCGUGUUUCUCCAACGGGCUAACGCUGGCGCUAGAGAGCCAGCGCCUAAGAACGGCAGCAGUCCUUUUCAACCCAGUCGUUUAGUAGGAUCCGCUUCCAUUGAUAUUUCCCAUGGAAAGCUAUUUACAAGCACAAAUAGAGGACAAGCUAGAAGCAUAACCAAGACUCUGAAGUUCGGCGAAGUGUCCACACCGUUCAAAGAUCUUAAUAGAGCUCGUGGGAACAGUCAGUUCAAGGGAAAAAGGAGUGAUGAAACAUCUCCAGAAAUAAACGUUGAUAGAUUCAUGGAGAAUAGCAUGAGCUCUCCUUAUCUCACAGCUAAUAGUCCUGUCACAAUGAAACGAAGCAGUACGGAUCUCAAUGGAUCUGCAAAGAAACCGGAAUCCACUUUCUUUGGCGCAAGGAUGCAACAAGAAAGAGAACAUCCGACCCAUAACUUUGUUGAUUUGGAUGAUCCAAUGGACAUGUCUUCAAGCUUAAAGAACAACAACAACAACAACUUGUUGGCCACGGAGAGCAGAAAUAAAAGUGGCGGAUUGAGGUGGAGAUCAGAUGAAGCAAGCGAUGAGGAAGAUGAACCUAUGCCGGUUAAGGGAAGGAGGACACGUGGAUUCGCUGCUAGAUGA